CCCAUGUUUUAUUUUGGUCUACAAGCUGUAAAAUUAUUAAUAAUUUACUCGUCAAAACCAACCAAGAAUAAUAUUCUCACAGAAGCUACAAAAAGACGAGGAAAUACUUAGAAUUUUUGGUUAAGCAAGUCUCAAGAAGAAAAGACAACCCAAUAUGGCAAGCUCUGAACUCACAGAUCAAGAAAAAACACAGAGAAACGAAGCGAAUGAUAAUACGGAGCCGAAUGAAGGUGCAGAGAACAUUAUAAACCUUGUAGCUGCAAGAAAACUAUGCGACUUGAAGCCUAAAUUUAUGUACAAUUGUCUGUUGGUUGGAGUUUUAAUUUCGUACGGCCUUGCUGGUGGAUUCGUUUUCAAGACUUUUGAAGCAGCUCCGAUUGAUUUUGAAGAGAAAACUGAAGCUAUUAAAGCUACUCCAAGCGCUGAAGACUUACUAAAUGAAUUGCUGAAGACCCAAAACAAAAACACGGAACCGUUUGACGAGGAAUGGCGACGCUUCGCCAUAGCAAAGAUUGACGAGUUUGUCGACGUGAAAACAAAAGCUGGACAGGUCGAACUGAAUCCAGUGGAAUGGAGUUUUGCAGAUUCAUGGCUUUUUGCCUGUACCAUUUUUACGACAAUUGGAUAUGGCAACAUCGCCCCGUUGUCCAUAAAAGGAAGGUUCUUUUGUAUGCUGUUUGCUACUAUUGGGAUCCCUUUGUUUUCGGUAGUCGCGGGUAGUCUGGCUUCAUUUAUCAUGGAUUUAACACGCACACUUCACGCAGAAUACCACAGACGAAAAAGGCGCGCACAAUCUGCGCAACAGAAGAAAGACGACACCUCGUCACCUGACGUUGAAGGCGAGGUUCCUGAGCUGGAGAUAACUCUGAAACAUGUUGCCAUGGUUUGUUUUGGGUACCUUUGUCUUGGCUCCAUGUUUUUCUCGCUGGGAGAAGGUUGGAGUUUGUUCGAGUCGUUUUAUUACUGCUUCAUUACGCUGAGCACUGUUGGGCUUGGAGACUACGUACCAGGUCAUGUCCACCACACUUCCUUAUUUGGCGUGUACAUUUUGGUUGGCCUUGUCCUUCUCAUCAUGCUAUUUGGUGCACUUGAAGAAGUUAUCACCAAGCACUGCCAGAAAAUCAAAGACAAGUUGAAAGUUGUUGACUGAUGUGGUGUGCCUCUAGCUCAACAUUUGGUCCUUUUUGUUCUUGCCAUGCAUGCAUGCAUGCAACAGUUCAUAAAGAACAAGGAUCAGUGGAAUUCAAAAACUGAUAUGGGUUGCCUCAAGGAUCACCCUUAGGUCCCAAAACAGUUUUUUUGUAAUUUAAUAUCUUAUGACUUACAAGUUUUAAAUGUUUUCACAAAGUAAUUAAUAGUGCUGUUUUCUUGCUUACCUGUUUUAUUUCGUCACCAAAGAUGAAUAGUUCAUAAAUAGAAUAGAUGAGCCACUUAUCAACGCUUAGCUUAGAUUGUAAUCGUGAUGGCUAGAAAGAAAAAAAAUUAUUACAUUCCAAGUAUUUUUAUUAAAAUUGUUAAUUCAUCUUUUACCCGUGAUGUAAUGUAACUUUAAUAAAUUUUAUCUUAGUUUAAAAA